AUGAGUGAGAGGCGCAGUCUGCUGAGAGCUGCGGUGAAUGAGCGGCUGGCUGCGGCUGCAGAAGAGAUCUUUGUGCUUCUGGAGAGAACUAUAGCGGAGUAUGAGGAGGAAGUGUGUCGCUCCAAAGAGCAGAACCAGAGGAACCAGCAGCUGCUGGAGGCUCUGCGGCCCAGAGUCCUGCUCCCCGGGGAUAAAGUCGUAAAGACCAACUCCACUUUAUCAGACUCAGAGACGAGAGUGAAGCAGGAACCAUCAGAACUGGGCCUCAAACAGGAGGAAGAGGAGAGCCUCAAACAGGAGGAAGAGGAGAUCCUCAAACAGGAGGAAGAGGAGAGCCUCAAACAGGAGGAAGAGGAGAUCCUCAAACAGGAGGAAGAGGAGAGCCUCAAACAGGAGGAAGAGGAGAUCCUCAAACAGGAGGAAGAGGAGAGCCUCAAACAGGAGGAGGAGCAGCUCCCACACUUCACUGCUGUGUGUGUGAAGAGUGAAGAAGAACAAAGGGCACAAAGGGAAAUCUAUUAUCUUGACAAUGAUGAAGACGAUGAUGAAGACUGGGGACAUCCAGGCAGCAGUUCUACUGCACAGAUGCAGACAGAGGCUGAGGGAGACCUCUACAACCAAGUCCACACACACGGACUGUCAGGGACCGGACCCAGAGACCUGCUGUCAGGGACCGGACUGUCAGGGACCGGACUGUCAGGGACCGGACUGUCAGGGACCGGACUGUCAGGGACCGGACCCAGAGACCUGCUGUCAGGGACCGGACCCAGAAACCUGCUGUCAGGGACCGGACUGUCAGGGACCGGACUGUCAGGGACCGGACUGUCAGGGACCGGACUGUCAGGGACCGGACUGUCAGGGACCGGACUGUCAGGGACCGGACUGUCAGGGACCGGACCUAGAGACCUGCUGUCAGGAACCGGGCCGGGAGCAGAGAGGAAAUACGAGUGCCUUGUUUCUCCUCCUCAGUUCUGUGCAGUGGACCACAGACUGGACUGGGAGUCCACCUGGACCACAGACUGGACUGGGAGUCCACCUGGACCACAGACUGGACUGGGAGUCCACCUGGACCAUAGACUGGACUGGGAGUCCACCUCUGCAUGA